GGUGGGGACCGAAAACGAAAUUCACUCUUUUGUGAGCCCAGUGUUAAACGGUGUCGUGGCAAUUUUGGAAGCGCUUCUGUAAUGGCGGGCGCCGGAAAAUGCUUUCUCGUCACCGGAUCUCCGGGAGUGGGGAAAACUACUCUGAUAAUCCGAGUUCUGGAUUCCCUCAAACAAUUCAAUCCUAGCUUAAAUAUUCAGGGCUUCUAUACUCGUGAGGUAAGAGAAGGGUGUGAUAGGGUAGGAUUUGAAGUGGUUACUGUUGAUAGCCGCAGAGGUCCUCUGGCAUCCACCAAUAUCACCAGCCGUGAAUCUCACAAAUGGCCAAACGUGGGGAGGUACAAAGUAGAUGUCUCGUCAUUUGAGUCAUUAGCAUUGCCUGAGUUGGAGGUUAAAGAAGACACCGAUCUGUUCAUUAUUGAUGAAGUUGGUAAAAUGGAGCUGUUCAGUGCAUCAUUCUUCCCUGCUGUCUUAAGAGUUCUAGAAUCCAAUAUCCCUCUGUUGGCAACAGUCCCUGUCCCAAAAUCUGGCAGAGAUAUUCCUGGAGUUGCAAGGCUGAAAAAUCAUCCAGGAGCAACCAUUUAUACGCUGAAUACAAGCAACCGAGAUGCCAUGAAAGAACAAAUAUACUCCAACUUGGUAGACUUGUUGCAAAACCACUAGCUUCUGUCAAAAGCUUGAGCUUCCUACUCUGUGACUCACACAACUGACUUCC